CUGGCUAACUAUUCUAAGUUAGCGACUAACUUUUCUGAUCUUCACCUCUCAUCAUUGCUCCUGAGAUCCUGAAAAAUAACGCAAAGACAACCGCAUUCUCGGGUAAUUUGGGAGCAUCUGUUCUUCACUAGAUCUACUAGAUCAUCUGAGCGAUUUGACUGAAUGAAGAUGUUGCUGAUCAUUGAAGCUCUUCUUCUCAUUUUAGCUGCUCUAGGACAGGAUCACAGAGCUGCUGUUGAAGGAAAGAUAAUUACAUUGGAUAUGGCACCGAAUUCAGUUGACGAUCAGUAUGAUGGCUGUAGAGAGAAAAUGGCAAAGCUGGUGGAGACAAAAUAUCUAAAAAAGGAAUUCAAAAACUCAAAAGACAAUUUUAAAGAAGCUUGGAAAGACUGUGAAAAUAAAAUAAAAAAACCAAGAGAUAACUUGAACAGGAAUCAUUUAAUUGCCAUUUGUGUGUACACAGGUAAUCGUGUAUAUCGUGAAUUCAAUAAGGAUGUUGGUAGUGAUAACUUAAAAUACAAAGACAAGACAUUCAAAUGGUAUGCACUUCAUUUUUUCUUAACAGAAGCAAUACAGAUUCUGAAAAGUAAACAAAAUGAAUGCCAGUCAAUUUAUCGUCGUACCAAACAUGAAUAUAAGGUAAAAAAGGGCGAAGAGUUUCGUUUUGGCUCAUUUGCAUCCUUUUCUCUUGAUUAUUCACAAACAAUAGACUUUGGGGAUAAAUCUUGUUUUGAAAUCAAGAAAUAUAAAGGUGCUGAACUGACAAAAUAUUCUGAGUUUCCUCAUGAGCAAGAAGUGCUGAUUCCUCCGUAUGAGACGUUUAAAGUCACUGAUGUCAAGACAAGAACAUAUAAGAAUAAACUCUGGUGUAAAACUGUGUUCGUGCUGGAAAUCACUGGAACAAGAAGUACACUAAACUGUGCUCUAUUUAAGCCAUCAUUCAAAAAUAUGAUAAAAAAGUUGUUUUGUGGAUGUUGUGGCUCUUAAACUUCCUUUAUUGUAUCUGUGCAAAUUAAAAGAUGGUUUUGUUAAAUUUUUAAUUAUGAACUUUGAAAGCAAAUACAAUAUCACACUUUUGUGUUAUUAUUGUGAUAUUUCUUGUAAGUGCAACAGCUCAUCUCUGCAAUUAUAUUUUCAACAUCUUCAAACAUUGUUGU